GGUAUUAUUCAAUUCACAAAAAUAAUGUUUUUGAUGUGUGUCAGUGUUUGCUAACAGUCUGAGGUCGACCAACGUCAGUUGUGUGUCAUAUCACUCCAAGCUGCUUCAAUCGACUAUCCACAUCAUUCAACAGAAAAAUUGUUGGAAAAUGAACAGCUCUGUGAUUUUCGCGUUGAUUUUCAUUCUUUUGAAUGAGAUUGAACUAUCGCAUCAGGCUCACCCAGCAAAAUCCCAAAGAACUAAAACAGCACAAACAGCCCCUGAAGCUUCUUCAAGUGCCACAGUUGAUUUAUUUGACGUUCUGGACUCCGACAAGGAUGAAUUUGUAACUAAAGCUAAUCUUGAUACAUUUAAGCAAGGGUCUGCUUCUUCCAAAGGAGGAAAAUAUGACUUUAAUGAAAUGUACGAAACUGUUCGAGACAAGGUAACCAGAGAUCAAUUCACAAAGAGAGGCAGUGUCCACUAUCCACCAGUGAAUCUACAGGUGCUGAAUGAUUACAAAGAUUAUGAUUCAAAAGCUCUCAAACAUGUCCUGGGGAUUGACGAUACACAAGCUCGGAAAAUAUUAAAAGGAGAACAAAAGAUGACAGCAAAAGAUGUAGCAGGAUUUAUAAGAGAUCACAAAUUUGCGCCAGUAGAUGAUCAAAAUCGUCAGAGGAAUAUGAAAUAAUAUUGUGAAGUGGUGAAAUAUAAUGUGUAGUAAAUUAUUCAAAAUAUUGAAUUUAUUCUGAGUUGAACAAUAUUUCUAGAUUGAGUGGUGGAGAGGUCUUAAAUGUCCUAACUUUGUCUAAUGAAAUUUCAUUCCAAUAUUUUUCUUGAAAAAAUAUAAUGUACACUGAUUAUUGUCUGUUAAUUUGGAAUCACACGUUUCAAAAGCUGAAUAAAUAUGUUCGUUGAAUCGA